GAAGAUGGAUUCUUUGUCUACAAUGGAGAUUCUCCGUUAUCUCUUACUUUGUAGUUUAUACCUUGCAAACGGCGUAUUAGGGAAGACUGUGUAUAGCGAAAAAUCGGUCUUUAACCGUCCUGAAAGUGACAAAAUACCUCCCACAAUCUGGGAGUGUCCAGAUAAUAAAAGUGUAAAGGCAGACGAAGGGAGGUUAACAAAAGUUGUCUUCUGGAAAGAGCCGUACGCGAAUGACACUAAGGAUGGAUAUGUAAAGAUUCAUAAAAUGAAAGGCAAGAAUCCAGGAGAUACCUUCCAAGGUCACACAAAAAUAGAGUAUUACGCACGCGAUUUUGAUGGAAACAUGAGAACGUGCUCCUUUACCAUAGAUGUAACAGCCACUCGUUGCCCCAGUCUUGUUCUGGGUCAUGGCGUAAUUAAAGUAUGUACAGAUUACGAUGGAAGAUAUGGUAGCAGAUGUGAAUUUGACUGUUAUAAUGGAUAUACCCUCAUUGGCAAACGUAAGAUAGGGUGCCAGUAUAAUGGAACGUGGGAUUCGGAUCCUCCAAUUUGUAAAGAAAAGCAUUGUCCUCCCCUUCCAAAACGAAAAGGCCUUUCGUAUUUGUGCACCAAUGAUUUUAUGUUCCAAAGUGAGUGUUCACUGAUAUGCCCUUCUGGAUUUGACAUUCCCCAAGGAGAGGGCAGAGUGAAAUUUUGUAGAACUGAUGGAAAAUGGGUGGGAUCAUUUCCACAAUGCAUCGAUAUAUUAAAACCAAAGAUAGAGAAUUGCAAACCUUUUGCCUAUGGUACGGCAGAUCUAAAUUCUACUAAAGGAAAAAUAUAUUGGGAUGAACCAGGAGUGUAUGAUAAUGAAGACAAGGACAUUAUCUUACACAAAUCUGAAAAUAUUUCCCCUGGGGACGUUAUGGAGACUGGAACACGUCAAAUAAUAUAUACUGCUGAAGACAGGAUGGGUAACAAUGCAACACCAUGCACAGUUACACUUUCAAUGAAAGCUUUAACGUGUCAACGUUUGUUUGGUGAUAAUUUUCUGUCUGUGACAUGUCCUUGGGGAUAUCAAUAUGGUGGACAAUGCAAUUUUUCAUGCAGUAUUGGGUCUGCAUUGGUUGGACCCAACAUCACAAACUGUGUCAGAAGUAAGGAUGGAAAGUAUGCCUACUGGGAUUUUGGAAAAACACAACCCCACUGUGAGGUUUAUCGGGCUUGUGCAAAUGUCCCUGUCCCGCCACAAAAUGGUGCUGUUGCCUGUGAUUCGUGGUUGGACGGAAAAUUUUGCCAGGUUCAGUGUCAGGAGGGGUAUUAUUUUAAACCAGGAUACCCUUUUCAUGAGAUGUUAGUUUGUGGAGACAGUGGAAUAUGGGAACCUAAGGAAGCUCUUCCUAUUCCGGAUUGUUCAAAACAGUACGGGGUAAAUUCUGCAAAAUUUCAAAUGUACUCAUCAUUUUACUACGACGGUGAUUGCACCGAUCCUAUUGUACAAGAGAACAUCCAACGAAAUUAUAUCAAUUCUUUGUCAAAGUCUGCGUUCAAAGAUGCCUGUAUGAAAUAUAAGAGCAAGUGCAAAAUUGAAAAUGUCAAGGUACUGUGUGGAGCUUCUACGAGAGGGAAGAGAUCACCAAAAUUAGAAAUUGUUGUGGACUUUGUUAUAGAUUCAGAGAACUUCCAGACAGAACAGGGUUUCAUGGGCAUUCAGAGUAGUAUGAUGAACGUGUUAAUAAAUGAAAGUUCAAACGGAAGUCUCUCAAUAAGUCUAGACGACAAUGUUACCUUGACCGCUAAUGAUAUCUCAGCAGCAAAUGUCGCUUUUGAGUGUCCUAAUAACACUUUCCCAUCGUACACAACUUCCUCGUGUGUGGAGUGUCCAGCGGGGACAUAUUACAACCCUUCCCUUCAGACAUGUCCCCAAUGCUCUAAGGGUCACUAUCAACCAUUAGAGGGACAACCUUCUUGUCUUCAAUGUCCCCUUGGUACGACAACAGCACAAGUUGGAUCUAAAUCGGCACUGGAGUGUUUAGAGGCUUGUCCGUCGGGGUACUGGUCAGAGACUGGGGUGGAACCUUGCUCUCCCUGUCCCAGAGGCUUCUAUGCAGAAAAUUAUGGUACCUCCGUUUGCACUGCUUGUCCUCCAUCACAAACAACUCUAAUCCAAGGCAGUAAUAAUGCUACUGAAUGUACAUACUUUGACAUUUUUCUGGGUUCUACUGAAUCAAGGGCUAGUGUUGACAUCGAUUUGACUAAUGAGAAAGGGGAAUUCAUUCUUAGUGCAUGGCUGCGACUUUCACCGGCCUUCAACAAGACAUAUCCGUCACUUGUAAUUAAAAACAAUGACAGAUGGCUGAAAACAAUUUCAGUUGAGCAAAGAAACGACUCCAACAAAAAUAAUUCAUCCAUCUUUAUUGACGAUAAGGAAUGGACAUUUAUUGUGCACACAGUGAAUCUAACAGAGUUUGAAAUGUCCAGAAUAAAUGAGAAUAGAACCACUGGUUUUACACUGACAGGUCCACUUAUUGUAUCUCAACUAAACAUUUGGUCCUCAAAUCGCACCGAAGAAGAAAUAAGUAGCCAAUCCAAUCGCUGUAUCAUAAGCGAGAAAGGGGACGUUUUCUCUUGGAAAGAUUGGGAAACAGCCCUUCUGAUGGACAGUUUUAUACAGAUACCUAGCAGUUGUGAUGAUGUAGAUGAGUGUGAUGAGUACCCAUGUGGAAAUAACACGUGCAUUAACGAAUUUGGUGGAUUUACUUGUGAGUGUAGCCCGGGAUACAGAGGGGAGCAUUGUGAAGAGAACAUCAACGAGUGUCUGACCAGUAUCUGUCAAAAUAACAGCACAUGUGUGGACGGAGUCAAUGGAUACACAUGUAUAUGUCCACCAAACUACAAAGGAAGAUUCUGUGAAUCACUUUUUUUGAAUGGUAACUGGGGUAAAUGGGACGAGUGGUCACCAUGUUCGAAAACUUGUGGAAAUGGAACAAAGAGUCGUUUAAGGUAUUGCACUAACCCUGCACCGUAUAAUGGAGGGAAACCAUGCACUGGUAGUGACAAAGAAAUUGCUGAAUGUAUUGUUAAGGAAUGUCCAGUAUGUUCAAUUCUAGACGCGCCUGCAAACGGUUCAUUAAACUGUAGCGGGUCUCCUGACAUUGGAUUCAAUUGCACCAUAAGCUGUAACCGUGGAUUUGAUUUUGACAAAGGCAUCAAACCGUUUUACGAGUGUGGACCAAACACGUUCUUUUUGUGGGAUUUUAAAUCAGACGACAAUCCCAAUGGAGACCUACCAACGUGUAAUCCAACUAAGGAAAGCAAAGAACUAGCAGCGAACUUUUUAGCAUUUUAUGAAGAUCUUUUCUGCGACGAGGGAAACAAUGAAAUCAUUAAAAACAAAAUGGAAGAAGUGGUUGAUGUCUUUUUGGGAGAUAUUUCUUGCAUACAAAAAAGGAUUUGCAAUUCUAGUGAUGUCGUCAUCUUGAAUUGUGGUCAAGAUUUGCAGCGAAAGAAAAGAGCUGUGAGGGGAGGACAAAUGGCUGCAGGAUUUAAAAUCAAAUUCACAUGCUCACCAAUAGAAUUUGGAUCGGAGGUUUGUGCCGAAGAAAUUGUAGGUGCGAUAAAUAGUUUUCAACAGCCGUUUUCAAGAGACAAACUUGCAGUAAACGUUAGCGAUGGUACUUACCAGAUUGACUUAAACCAAACAUCUGCCAGAGGAGAAAUUCAGUGUGACAUUGGAUUCAUCAGCUCUGGGAUACACUGUGUACCAUGUGGUGUGGGGAAUUUUUUCAUCGAUGGAGAAUGUAAGAAGUGCGAUUACGGGUUUUAUCAGAAUGAGCUUGGUCAGACAGAUUGUAAGAAAUGCCCAUCUGGAACAACAACCCCGGGGCGAGCAGCAAGGGAUCUGAACAGUUGUUCAGUGAUGAUGAUUCUUCAGGAAGAUUAUAAUGAAUUGUACACUGGUGUUGGUGUAAGCAUCGGAACACUCAUAGUUAUUGUUGCCCUGGUAACUGCAUUUGUGUUUAAAUUCAGAAAACUGGAACUAAGACUAGGACAGGGAAGCGUCAAGGUUCAGAAGAAAGACUGCCAGCCCGACGCCUUUAACUUUGAUGAACAGGAAAUACAAAGUGUUUCUCUGUGUACAAUCAGGAAACUGGACGAUAAUGGGAUUCCCUUUAAUUAAAAUCUCGUUUCCAAAACAUCACAAAGACAUUUUUAAUUUUUGUUAUUUUGACCAACUAUGAAUUUUGAAAGAAAAAGAAACAAUUUGAUAAUUUUAAGUUUACUUUCCACUGGUAAACCACCUUGAAAACUUUUGUUGUUUAUUUUUUUCAUAUUUGACGCUCUUUGUAUACAUGUGUUGAA